AUGGCCAACCUUAUCACCGACACUGGCAAUGCGAUCACGCAACCCGACAAACCAUCCGAUCCUCCUUCUGAUCCUCUUGCCAAAUUGCCCUCGACAAACAACCACGACCCUAAAAUCGCGGCUCUUGCUCGAUCACCUCAAACUGCUGCCACCACCAACGAUUCACACACUGGCACUGUCAACAACGCCGACGAUACCAAUCCUCUCUCGCCCAACAGCGACACCGCAGCUACCGUUCCCACUACUUCAGACGCACUUACCACCUCCACCACCACUUCCACUCCACCCACGCCAACUUCGACCAGCACUACCGCUGCACCCAUCUCCACCUCCACCACCUCCAGCGCCCCUCUCACCACCUCCACCACCUCCUCCGCCGCACCUACAUCUGCUACCUCAGCCACCACAUCCACCUCCUCCGCUCCCCUCGCUUCCGCCACUUCCGCUUCCGCCACCACUCCUGCCUCGAUCCCCGUCGUAACGGUGACCUUCACCAGCACCGACCCCAACGGAGCACUCAUCACCGGCAUUUCCACUUCCGCCCACCCUUCCGCUACCGCUGCCCAUGGUUCAUCCUCCGGCGGUGGAGGAUCCGGCACCAACCUCGGUGCCAUCAUCGGUGGUGUAGCCGGUGGUGUAGCCGGUCUUAUCAUCCUCAUCUGGCUCAUCCUCCUUCCUUUGCGCAAACGAGCAAAGAAGCAGAAACAAGUCGAAUGGCUCUCUUUCGGUCAAGAGAACGAUCAUGUCAACGAGAACUCUGCUGAAGCUGUCUACGGUCGUGGUGCAGGUGUGGCCGGUAGUGGAGAGGGUAAAGGUGGAAGUGUAGCAAACGUCAAUGAGAUUCAGAUGGAUGAGAUGGAUCAACAGCCUCCGUAUCACUAUCAUAACGUCGAUCAGGUUGCCGCCUGGGGCGUUGCUGGUGCUGGUGCUGCUGCUGGUGCUGGUGCUGGUGCUGGUGCUGCUGGUGGCUAUGCUGCCCAUGAUCAGUACGCUCAGCAUGGUGCCGAGGGUUAUGACGCCUACUACGCCCAACAGCAACAGCAGGCAGCUUAUGGCGGACAGUAUGGUCAGUACGCAAUGCAACCCCAGCAUCAAGCUUGGGCAGCUCACCCACAGGGAGAAGCUUGGGGUGCUGCUCCCGGAUACACCUCCCCAGCUCAAUCCCAAGCGCAUGGCAAUCCGGGUCUCUCUCAUAGUCUUUCUGUAGGCUCUACCCGCGUUGGUGCUGCAAGUGGAAGCCAAUCCGGCCACAAAGCUGGAUCGCAAGAAGGUCAUAGUCAAUACGGCGCUGGAGGAGGAGGAUAUCAAAGCCCAUCUUUGGGCGCAACUUCGCCACAACAGUAUGCACAGCAUUACCAAGGAACUCACUCUUCGCCGCAGCAACAUCCACAGUAUUACCAGGGACACCCCGAGCAGCAGGGGCAGUAUGGAGGAUACGCGGAUCAGCAGGGGCAGUAUGGAGGAUAUGCGGAUCAGCAACAGCAGCAGCAGCAGCAGCAGCAGCAGGGAGGUGCAAGAUCGGGUUCACCAGAUAGCACGACUCAGGGCCGAGGUAGAUCGGGCAAUGCUACUGGUUUGCACCUUGCUAAUCCCUAA